AUGACAGAGUUAAUAAAAAGUAUAUCUUCCAAACCAUGGUUAGUAGUUACCCAGAGUUGUUUAGGGGGUUUGAUUUUUGGUUAUGCAACAGGUAUUAUUGUUGGGGCUCUUGAUCCAAUAACGGCUAAAUUUGGUAUUUCCACCCCCAUUAAAGGUGUUGUCGUAUGUAGUAUCUUAUUAGGUGCCAUGAUUGGUUCAUUUGCAGGUGGUUUCGUAGCUGAUAAGUUUGGUAGAAAACCAUUAUUACUUUUUACCGCCAUUACUACAAUUGGUGGUGCUUUAGGUUCAGGUUUUGGCACAAAUAUACCAACAAUUUGUGCUUUGAGAUUUAUUCAUGGUUUAGGCGUGGGUUCAUCUUCUAGUGUAUGUCCAUUAAUGGUUUCUGAAAUGGUACCCCUCGAAAAGAAAGGUAUCUAUGGUUCAUUUUUCCAAAUUUCAAUUACAGUUGGUAUUUUAAUUGCAAAUAUUUUAGCAUUAGCCAUUAAAGGUCAAUGGAAAUUAAUGUUUUGUUUAGGUGCUAUUCCAGGUGCUUUAUUAUUUGUUGUUUGGUGCUUUAUUGCCGAAUCACCAGUUUAUUUAAGUAAAAAGAGAGCUGCUCAAACUGCAUCACCAAGAACUAACUCUCCACAAUUAGUUGAACCAACUCAACAACAAUCUGGUAACAAAUUCACUGUAUUAUUCCAAAAAGACACAAGAAAACCAAUGCUCCUCGGUAUAUUAUUAGCUGUUUUAGCACAAUUAACUGGUAUUAAUGCUUUCAUGUACUUUUCCACAACCAUCUUUAAAGAUGCUGGUAUUAAUAGUGGUGAUGACCCACAAAUUGCAGCCAUUAUUUUACAAGUUUGGAAUGUUUUAACAACUUUAAUCGCUAUUUUCCUUGUCGAUAGAUUGGGUCGUAGAAUUUUAUUAUUUACUGGUUCUGGUGUAAUGACAGUUUGUGAUUUAUUAAUUGCCUUAUUCUUUGUAACUUUAUCUGGUGCUGCCAAAGGUUGGACAUCUAUUGUUUUCUUAUUCAUUUUUGUUGCUGCAUUCGAAGCAUCUAUUGGUACCUUGUUUUGGUUUGUAAUUAAUGAAAUCUUACCAGAGAAAAGUAAAUCUAUUGGUGCCCCAGUUAUCAAUGCUUUCCAAUGGACUUUUAAUUUAAUAUUAUCAUUCUUCUUUUUAGUUGUUGUUGAAAAACUAGGCCAAUCUACAAUGUUCUGGAUUUUUGGUGGUAUUGGUCUUGCAUGUACAGUUUUAUUAUAUUUCAACUUACCACGUUCCCUUGGAACUUCUACUCAAGUCUCUGAAAAUGAUAUUGCAAAUGAAAUUACUACCGAUGAAGGUGAAGAAUCAUCAUCAAAUUAUAACACUAAAGAACAAAAAGAAAAACAAAAAGAAAAGGAUAGAGAAAAUUAUAUUAAAGGUAAAGAUACAUUUGAAGAUGUACCAGUUUCUAAUACUUUCCAAGCAUAA